AUGAAAAAUAAUGGAGGUCAUGUGACAUUUGCCUUCAUUGUCUAUGAUAUCACUUACGCAGAUUCUGAAAUCUACUUCCAGUGGCCUUUGGGAGUAGCCACUUAUAGAAACUUCCCAAAUGUUCCAUUUCUUUCCAUUGAUGUUCAGAAACCUCGUAAAUUUAAGUGUAACUUUUUAGGAACUGUUUAUCCAAACUCUUCUCGAGUAGUGCUGCAGACAGUGAUAAAGAAGUUUAACCUUGAGGAUGAGUGUUUUAUGAAGACUAGAGACACUUGGUCACUGGGUGAAAGUUCACAAUCAGCCAAUGAUUAUCACUAUGCUUUAGCCAACAGCGACUUAACUCUUAAUCCAGUGGGAAUGAAUACAGAAUGUUAUCGCAUAUAUGAAGCUUGUUCCUAUGGAUCCGUUCCUGUCAUUGAAGAUGUUGUCACAGCUGGACAUUGUCGGAAAGGAAAUGAAUCUCCAUUACAACUGUUAAAGAAAUUCAAGGCCCCAUUCAUUUAUGUAAAAGACUGGAAUGAGUUACCAAUUAUCAUUGAAAAGGAGAAGAAUUUAACUCACAAAGAUGUAGUUGAAAGGCGAAAAAAAGUGUUAUUGUGGUAUAAAAUGUUUAAAGAAACCAUGAGGGACAAAUUUGUUGAGACUAUACAACAAAACUUUGCUACAUAA